AUGCUUAGCCAUCUUCGCCGAGGACAGAAUAAUGAGUUCAAUGAAACUUCAAAGCCUAUGAAUGGUAAUGCAGAACGUUGGAAAUCAUCAGACCGUGUUAAUUCAUCUUUUUUAUCAAGUAAUUUAUUAUCUGAUGCUUAUACACCACGUUCAAAUUCAACUGCAUACAAUCCUGAUUUAUCACGAGCACUUCGUUUCGAUGCUUAUUUAUUAGCUAUUGUACGAAUUGAAGAUAGACGAAAUAAUUUUUAUUCGGCUGAAGUUGUUAGUAAAUUACGUCAAAAGGAACAAACACGAAGUUUUAUUAAUAAACCAUGUUCAUUAUUUAUUACUGAUCGUGCACUUGUUAUAUUUGAUCGAGCAUCACAAGUGAUAGCAGAAUCUAUUCCACUUGAAAAUGUUGAUCCAACAUGUGUACAUGCUGAUGUACCUGAUACACUUAAUGAUAUAUUUAUGUAUCGUUUUAUUGAUCGACAAUUAACACCAGUAGUAAGUCAUGGUAGUGGUGCGAAUAGCAGUGAUUCAUCAUCUGUUAUUGUAUUUAAAUGUUCAAAUAAUGAAGCAAAAAUGCUUGUUGAUAGUAUUCGAACUUCUACUGGUAAACCAUUAAAAAAUAUGAAAAGUACUUACAUAGAUGCACGUAGUGUAAUUGAACAUCGUCCUACGGAUAUUUAUUAUCCUAUUGCACCUAGUUCAACGCAACCAAUGAGAAUGGAACCAGUACAAAUACAUAAUUAUCCUGUUGCAACUAAUUCAACACAACCAAUGAGAAUGGAACCAGCACAAAUACAUAAUUAUCCUGUUGCAACUAAUCCAACACAACCAAUGAGAAUGGAAUCAGCACAAACAACUAAAGAUACAUCAUAUAUAGUGAAUAAUCAACAAACACGAACUGUAACUCAACAAUCAACAUUAGCUGCAGCAGAUUAUUAUAAACGUUUAACAGAAGAAUUAAAUAAAUGUUUUGAUGAUAUUGAAUUAUUUGUACGUUAUCUUGAAGCAUUAAUGGAAUAUACCAAAGAAUUAGAACGUGAUCAUCGACGAAAAGAUAAAAAAUCAGCUACUGGUUUAAAACAAAUGGUUGAAAAACUUCCAGAUGAUCAAUAUUUUAUUGAUGUAUUACAAAAAUUUAAACAUUCAUUUAAUUUAUUAGGUGAACUUAAACAUAUAAUACAUAAUCCAAAUGCACCUGAAUUAAUACAUUAUUUAUUAUCACCAUUACAAUUUAUUUUAUAUACAUUACGUACAAAACAUGUUAAUCAAUUAAAAAUUGCACAAGAUAUAUGGGUACCAGGAUUAACCAAAGAAGCAAAAGAAUUAUUAUUAAAUUGUUUAACAUCCAAAGAACAUGAUAUUUUACGUAAUCUUGGUCCAGCAUGGGUUCGAACAGCUGAUGAAUCAGUAACAAAAUUUUCUGAUUAUCGACCAAUAUUUUUCGAAGGUCAGGCUGCAUGGGUUCAAAAUACAUCAAUUGAACGUUCUCAACCAACACCCUUACAACCAACACAUAAUACUGAUCUAGCAAGAGUUACUCAUCCUUUUACUGUAUUCGAUGAACGACAACAAUUCACUACGAGUUCUGCUCGCCCAUCGAAUCAGAAUAAUAAUAAUAAUGGUUUAUCAUCAAACUAUAAUACAAAAAUAGUUCAACAACCUUCACCAGCUGUUGGACAUUUUGAUACAUCAACUGUUGAUCGUUCAACUAAAAAUACUAUGUUAGAAAAUUAUAAUUCUCAAAUGCAAAAUGAACAUGCUUGGGCUAUUGAUCGAAAACGAGCUGGAGCCAAAAUUUGUGCUGUAAAAGUUGAUCGUAAGGGACAGAAUAAUAAAGAAUUAAGUGUACGUCGUGGUGAAUUAAUUGAAAUUGAAGAUAGUUCAAAGAAAUGGUGGCGUGCAAGAAAUUUUCAUGGUGAUGUUGGUCAUGUACCAAAUAAUAUUGUCGAAGAAAUUGAAAUAGAACAUCGACCACUUAAAAUAUCACCAUCAAUUCCAUCUGGUACAAAUUUACAUCAUUCAUUAACAACUAUAAAUAGUCGUUUACGUAAUAAUUAA